AGAGCAUGGCUAACUAAACGGACAGUUGGAUUAGUUUUAAGUAUUGCAUUAGAAACGUUUUACCUCAUUCACACUUUAAUCGAAAAUUUACCCAUGUCUGAAGACCUGUUACUGACGAAAUUAUGGAAAUCUGGGUGGGUGGUGUCAUUGCGUGUCUGCAGGUUAACUAACCUGAGGUCGUUUGCCCUGGCCCCAUUACGUCAGUCGGUGAGGUAAAAUUGUGUUCUCCUAGAGUAGUCUAAGUAAUCAUCCUCAAAAGGAUUUCAGUUAUUAUUUGGCGUACAUUCUUGUGUCGUGUAGUGUGUAUCGUUACGCCUACCUCCAAAACAAAGCUCUCGAUCAAGAUAUAAUAUAGUCCUAAAUCGGUCAGCUGACUAGUUUCGGAUGAUUUCUCAGCGAUUACAGCAUAUCAAGGGUCAUAUUUUGGCUGAAAAUAAGUGUGUAGAAAUGGCCACGCCUCCUCCAAGCCCUCUUUCAACACAUGUGCUCAACACAGGCCAGGGUGUCCCUGGGGCUGGUAUGGCCUUGAGUCUGCACCGUCUAGACCCCCGCACAGAGACCUGGAACCUUCUCAUAGCAGGGACAACCAAUGAUGAUGGACGCUGCCCGGGCCUCAUAACAAGAGAGGCUUUUAUACCUGGGACUUACAAAAUGCGCUUUGAAACAGGACAGUAUUGGAAGGGACUGGGUGAGACUUGUUUCUACCCAUAUGUUGAGAUAGUCUUUACAAUAAUGGAGCCUUCCCAGAAAUGUCAUGUGCCCCUCUUGCUCAGCCGCUUCUCCUACAGCACCUACAGAGGCAGCUAGAGAAACCACAGGCCAGCUCUUCUGGAUUUAUUGGACAGACUUGAAGAUGGCCAAGUUCUUAAUGGGCCUUUGGAUGGUUUAAAUAAAAACCUGUAUAAAUGUA